UUGUUGAAGAAGGAUUCGGUAUUGCAAUAAUUGAUGGCUCUAAUCUUUUGGGGGUAACAGUUGGGAAUUAUUGUGCUUCCAAAGCAGUGGAGUUGGCGCGUAUUUACGGAAUAGGUUUUGUUGUUGCGAGAAACACUAAUUCGAUUGGGCCGGGACAAUUCUAUGCAAGUCAAAUGGUUCAACCUGGAAUGGAAGGUAUUAUUAUAAAUGGUUCUACUUUGAGCUAUGCCUUCAAUCACCAGCCAUUUGAGAUCGAACAAACUAAUAUUUCUGCUGAAAAAAAACACUUCUUCGACUUUUUAAUUGGAAGAAACACAGAAGAAAAAUUGGUUUGCCGUUUUAUUACAAAUUUUUAA